AUGUCUGAUUUGAAAUCAUUGGAACACCCUACGUUAAAGGUUCCAUAUGAAGUUCUCAAUAAGAAAUUUCGAACAACACAAAAAACACUUGACAGAGAAGUUUCACAUUUUCAAAAUGCUGUACAAGAGUUUGAACGUGAUAUAUCAUCUGAUGUCGCAAUGACGGACACUUCUCAUAUUUCUUCGUUGCUUAGUGGCAUGGUUGAAAAACUGAAAGUGCUCAAAAGAAAGGCUGAUGAAGGUAUAAAUGAUGAACUGCAAGCUGGUUUAGUAUGUAAAAAACGUUUGGAACACUUAAAAGAACAUAAUUCACCUUGUGAAGCUAUUGUGAAAAAUUGGCGUCGCCGUCGGUUGGAUCGCAUGUUAGUGGAAUACUUUUUACGCUGUGGAUAUUAUAACUCUGCCAAUAAACUUGCCAAUAAUUCAGAUCUGAAUGAUCUUACUAAUAUAGAUUUAUUCAUGAUAUCAAAGGAAGUCGAACAUUCAUUGGAAAAUCACGAAACAUCAAAAUGUUUAGCUUGGUGUCAUGACAAUAGGUCGAAAUUACGUAAAUUACGUUCAACUAUGGAAUUCAAUUUACGAAUACAAGAAUUUGUAGAACUUGUACGUCAAGACAAACGUCUUGAUGCUGUCCGACAUGCCAGAAAGUAUAUAUCAACAUUUGAAGAUACUCGCAUGGAAGAAGUACAACAAUGCAUGGUUUUAUUGGCUUUUCCAACUGAUACUGAAAUAUCACCUUACAAAGAUAUGUUUGAUGAGACUCGCUGGCAAAAAUUAAUUGAACAGUUUCGUCUAGAAAAUUACAAGCUAUAUCAAUUGUCUUCACAGUCAGUUUUUACUGUAGUAUUACAAGCUGGAUUAUCUGCUCUGAAAACUCCUCAGUGUUACAGUGACAUUAAAGAAGCGCGUAAUAUAAGCUGCCCAGUCUGUCAAGAAUGGUUCAAUACUUUAGCAAAACCAUUACCAUUUGCACAUUGUAGUCAGUCUCGACUAUUUUGUUCAAUAUCUGGACUUCCCUUGAAUGAACAUAAUAUACCAAUGGUAUUACCAAACGGAUAUGUUUACGGAGAACAGGCAUUAGUAGAGAUGUCGAAUCAAAAUAAUGGACAAGUAAUUUGUCCCAAGACCAAAGAAGUGUAUUGGUUAAAACAAGCAGAAAAAGUAUAUGUAAUGUAA